AGCAGCAGCAGCACACGCUCUGUUGUAGCGCUCAAAGUCACCCUCACCCUCUCACCUGCUGCUUGCUCCCUCCCCUCCCUCCCGCAGCUCAUUCACGAGGAGCCCCCGUCUUGUCAGAGGCGUCCGCACCAUUGCACGCCCCCCCCCGCGGACCAAACCAAAGAGCGGAGAACAUGAACAUGUCAGUGAUUUCUCUGCAGGAAUACGAGUUUGAGAAACGUUUCGAUGAAAGGGGAGCCAUAGCAUGGAUGCAGGAAAACUGGAGCAAGUCGUUCCUGUUUUCUGCAGUGUACGCUGCUUUGAUCUUUGCUGGGCAGUAUUACAUGAGAGAGAGAAGUAAAUUUGAGCUGCGAAAACCAUUAGUCUUGUGGUCUCUGAGCCUCGCUUUGUUCAGUAUACUUGGUGCUUUCAGAACAGGAUGGUACAUGUGGCACGUCCUUUACACCAGUGGCUUCAAGCAAUCUGUGUGCGACCAAAGCUUCUACAAUGGACCUGUCAGCAAAUUCUGGGCAUAUGCAUUUGUCCUGAGCAAAGCACCAGAACUAGGUGACACAAUAUUCAUCGUGCUACGGAAGCAGAAGCUGAUAUUCCUGCACUGGUAUCACCACAUCACAGUGUUGCUCUACUCCUGGUACUCCUACAAAGACAUGGUGGCAGGAGGUGGCUGGUUCAUGACUAUGAACUACGGUGUCCACGCCUUCAUGUACUCGUACUUCACGCUCCGCGCGGCUGGCUUCCAUGUGCCACGCCGAUUUGCCAUGCUUAUCACCCUCACCCAGAUCAUGCAGAUGGUCAUGGGGAUGCUGGUCAACGUGUUGAUUUAUAUGUGGAUGGAAGAGGGCCUGUGCCCUUCUUUCUUUGAAAAUAUAAUCUUGUCCUCCAUCAUGUAUUUUAGCUACUUCCUCCUCUUUUGCUGCUUCUUCUACGAAACUUACUUGAGUAGAAAGAAGCGUUUAAAGGCCGAAUAAGCUCAAGACCGGGAAUGGAAUGAAUGGAAUAGUGUCAGGCAUGGAUGCUGUUAAGAUUUUCGUCCAAACGGUUUAAGGUGACUUGACACCAGCUGUGGAUUGACGUAGAUUUUGAUAGGAUCACACUCUUCCAUGUUCAUGUUCCACACUGCUCUCUCCAUUAGAUGGUGUUGGCUGGCACCACGUGCUCCUGGAUACCACUGAUGGUAUCCCACAAUGUUUGAGACCAGAACCCUGUCCUUUCCUUGUUUUCGAAUAAGCCAUGUGAUGUUGAACCAGAGCAGAGAGCAGUAAAGUGGAGGUGAAUGGGACCAUGCCCGCAGUGCAUGCCAAAGAGCUCAGCCAUGGUUGUGGAGUGUUGGGUUGGAGGUUCUGUAAUAAGUCCUGGUUGUUUGACCUGUCUGAGCUUCCCCCUGCGUAUUACUGCAGUAAGAUCACAAGGACAGAGGCUAUUGGAAGUAUAUCAUAUGUAAUACUAAUUCAACACAAAGUUACUUUUGAGCCUUUUACUGGGUUUGAUUCACGGCAGUCCAGCUCGUACAAAACUUGCUGAACAGUGCGUGGAGCAGGCUUCGAGGGUCACAACACCUCACAUUCUCCCUAGACGUAGAGACGCCAUUAAUGUUUGGAUUUAACACUAGUGUUGGUCCUAUUGACUGCACAUAUCUUCAGGAGGUAACAAAGUUAGUACUUGGUAAGUUGAUCAUUUUACCAGAAUCUAGAAGACCUAGCUAUGGAGGUAUUUAUUCUAUUUAUACAAUCAAAAGGUACAAGGUGGUUCUUCCUUUGUCAUGUACACUGUUGCCUCUAAUGAAUAGGUUUUUAACAUAAUAUUUCAAGGAACCAAAUCCCCUUAUAUACAGCUGCACCUUGAUUAUUAAAUAGUAAGCUUUUUAAAUUAACAGUGAUGGCAGUGGGAUAGAAAGUAGUUAAAUAUAUGUUUUUAUUUUAAUAGCUAGACUUUGUUGAAUUUUAAUGAAAUUGCUGCGAGCAGUGAUUGUUAGCAGUAUUAGUACAGAAAUGCUUAGCACAUUCCUUCGUCCAGAUUUUUUCUGGAGAAAGUUAACCAAAUUGAAGUAAAUGAACAAAGUUCCAUCAAAACUGUAGGAUGGACAAUUAUUUGAAAGCACGGAGUCAGCAGAUAUAUCAUAUAUCACCAACAAUAAUUUGUAAACCUCAGUAUUGCACAGUCGACAUGUAUAUUCAAAACAUUAGAUUGUCAUCUUCUAGAGUAAACAAAAUCCUUUGGUUAAGACAACGCCAUUCUGAAUAUAUUUUAAUGUUAAUCACAGCACACUGUUCUCUCAUUAUGAGGGUCAAUUAUUUUAAAGUUAUUGAACUUGGUGUCUCAGUUUAGUUUUGGUUAUACAUUUUUGUGCUUCUU